ACACAUACACACACACGCAAUCCAAGAUGGACGCUUUAAAACUUUUCGGUGCGUGUUCGUUUUUGUCGUUUUUAUCUACAAAUUUUUCAUAAAAUAACAGUUUUUACCAUACAAAUCAGUGAUAAUAACGUCCAGAAAACAUUAUUGAGUGCAAUCGAACUAGUAUAAAUGUAGUGAAUUGUGGUUUUAAGUGUUUAAUUAAGGUUUUAAACUGACGACUCCACUAAUACAAAAAGGGAAAAAGAGCGACAUGGCUAUCAAAGAUAAGAAUAUUUUGCCAUUUGUUGCGAUCGCAAUGUUGAACGAAUUUUAGGAUUUGCUGUAACUAGGAUUAACAUUCACUAUAGACAAGAAUAUUAUGGAAAAGGCGAAAGCCUACAUAAAAAACGAGUGGAGAGGGGGCUCCGUUCCUCUGGAGCCCCCAAUGUCGUCACAAAAUCUGAAUUCACGUACUAUGGUUACAAAUGCAACGGCAGUAUGUUACGUCUGCGGUACAUACGGUCACUACAACACAACAUAUUUAGUACGAAUCAAACCAAAUCCAGAUAGACCUAACGAAUCUUAUUUUCCAUUUUUGGAAAAACACGAACCACCAACGGGUGUCUUACCAGUUGCACCCAAUCAACCAACUGUAGGAACAUGUGGGCUGUGCUAUACGCUACUUAAUGAACAAUGGAACACUUUCGAACGAAGUGGGAAGCCGUACAAUCAGCGUAUCUAUCAUUUAAAGCGGGUGGAUGGUAAGCCAUUCAUCGGCGCUGAUAUGUCUAAGCAAGGUGAAUAUGCUGCUCAGAUGCUUGGUAUGAGUGCGGAACACUUAGCUUCUUCCGGUAUUCCGUCGUCACAAACACCUCAAAACUCUUAUCCGUACACUCGCAACGACAGUGCUCAACAUCAGAGACCGACUUCACGCGAUCAACAAAUGUACAUGUAUCAGCAGCAACAGCAUCUCUACACGAUGCAACAACAACAACAACAGCAGCAGCAGCAACAACAACAGCAACAUCAACAACAGCAGCAGCAGCAGCAGCAACAACAACAACAGCAAAUGGUUGUACGUAAUGAGAGUCCUAUACGAUCUUCUUCGAGAAAUGAAUCCCCGCAGAACAAAUCUGAAAACUUCUAUCCGAAACGUCCAGGCGACAGUCACGUUAACAACAAUAACAAUAGCAACAACCAAAGUUCGGCACGGCCUUCUAGUAGAAGUGAGAAAAUCCCAACGCCAAACUCCAAUUCACGUCCGCAAUCACGUGAAAUACCUACACCACCGACAUCAUCAACGCCCAGCCGAUCAGUUGCCUACUCACCAUUUGCUCAACACAAACUUAAGCUCGGAACAUACAUGAAUUCGGCCACUAGUACGCCGCCAGCAAUACCGAGCAGUAGUGAUCAAAACCAUUAUCAAACAAAUUCGAAUAAUAAAACCGGUGCUGCCUCAACAUACUUAUAUUCAAGUCAUAAUGAAAUGCAUCGAUCGGAAGGUGACGGUGAGGCAUUAGAUUUACGUAACACCACUUCUGACGUUGGUAUUUUAGACUUAUCGAUGCCCGACAAAAACUCUAUAACAGAAGUGUGCUAUGUGUGUGGUGAUGAAUAUAGACGUGGUAGUCUUAUUGAACUUAGUACCGUUGAACCGAAAGAUGCGAACGAUCGAGAUAAACCGUUUUUCCCCAUAUUCGGCGAAACACAUCCACGACCGGCUCGAUCCAGGCCAAAGGAUCCGAAAGGAUUCAUACAGGCAUGCAAACCAUGCUUUCAUCAUUUGAUUCAACAGUGGCAGAACCAUCAGACUGUUGGAACACCAGAAGUGGAUCGGAGAUACACUCUAAGAAAGCGUCCUGCAUCCGUCGCAGAACGGGCCACAUUCGUUUGCUAUACAUGUGGCGUGGAUACGAUUUCGUCUCUGUUACGUUUAGUUUACUGUUGUCCGAAUGCCGAACGGGAACCCUAUUAUCCUUUUAUCAAAUCGAUGCAACCUUUUCCGAAUGCUAGUCCGAUUAGUCCACAGGGUAUGGUGCAAUUAUGUUCCUCGUGCAAUGAAAAACACUCUCAUUUAGCUGAGGGUGGUACCGCAGCGGCCAGCACCAGCAUCGAUGGUCGUUUCACACCAUCUGACAAUAAGUCACAAGCCAAUUCUGAAUCCAGUAAUGUCCGGUUUAAGCCGUACGAAUCGCUAUCUAUAAACUCCACGCGUGACCCGAAGAGUACAAGGAGAGAUUCUCGACCGAAUACGCCGAAUUCGCAAGGUCCAGUAGAAAAUGGUCAUGGUCAAUUUCCAUGUUACAUCUGUAAAGGCAUUUACUCCACAACGCAAAUGGAAUGGCUGUCAACAAGUGCUGAGCACAUGAAUUCACAUGCAAUGCAUUUUCCGUGUCUGAAAGGAAAUGACAAUGCGCCGAAUCGCAUAUUAGCCUGUACACGAUGUGUUAACCAUUUAGCAAAACAAUGGGAGAGUAUGGACGCUGAACGGGUCCCAUUGGAACACAGACGUUACAACAUCCCCUCGCCGAUUCCACAAUCAAGUUCACCGAAUGGGUCAAGAGGUAUAAGUGGCAUUCACACACCACCUUCAACACCAUCAGUAUCUUCAACUCCAGCAAGCACAUCGAUUUAUUGUUUCCUAUGCGGUUUACACUCUGACUUGACACUUGCCCGGGUUUUGUAUGCAAGCAAGGAAGGGUCACGACCAUAUUUUCCACAUUUGUUGAAGCAUAAAUCACCAGCGAAUGCAGAACAGCUACGAUCUGAUUAUUCAGCAUUAGUUUGUACAUUUUGUUAUCACUCAUUGUUGAGCCAGUGGAGGAAAUUCGAUGGAACGAACACAAUCAGCGCUAGUGAUCGAAAGUACAAUUGGCACGACUAUUCGUGCAAUCUGUGUAACGUCACAACGUAUCGAAAACGAGUCAGAGCACUGCCUAUUCGAGAAUUUCCCAUCGUUGCCGAUCGCAAAACGGAUGAUGGACUGCUUCUGGAGAACGGUGAAUAUGCUGUCGUUUGCUUGGAUUGUUAUGAGAGUUUAAGACAACAAGCUGCUCAAUACGAUAGAGUUGGUGUACCGAUCGAGAAACGGGGUUACAAUUGGGUACAGUUACCGCCACCACCGGAAGAUAGUCAAGAAGUUGCGGUAGCUAGAUUACCCAGUGGAGAACGUUCCGAUAAACUUAAUGCAUCAAACGUACGACCAAUACCAAAUAAGAAAAACUCUUCACCAAAACAAUUAAGUGAUAAGCGAGAAUCAGUUCAACCAAAACAAGGUCAAAAGCGACCAGCAACCAGUCCAGUUCCGUUGACACCUGCAUCUCAUCACCAUUCAUCAUCCGGUUCACUAUCCAACCAUAUAGGCGGUGCACAACAACCGCCUCAGCAACAAAAUUCUAGCACUAGUGGUCGUGGACCAUUCGCAUCAGCGCUUCGUAAUUUAGCUAAGCAAGCUGAUAUUAAGGAAGACGAGAGCAAUUCUGGUGGAGAGAAUGUACGCGGCGGCAGUGGAUCGAAUAGUACAUUGGCAGCAACACAAAGAACACCGAAUGUGGACGGUCGCGGUGGAGAGAAUCGGCAAAAUGAUGGACGCCAAUCAUCUGAUGACCGUAGCGCGAAGAAAAGGACAUUGUCACCACAACCACCAGAAAAGAUGGCUCGCUUGAGUGGUCCUCCUAGUAUUCAACCCGAACUUCUAGCUAGAAGUGGUUUUCAACCAUAUCGAUCAGACGAAAGACUUUCACAUCCAGCUGGUGCCUUUCCGCUGGAUGCUUAUGCGUCACCAUUCGGAGCAAUACCUAACCACUUACCAGCUACAUUGUUUAGUCCAGCAGCCUUGCAGUUUCAGGAGCAAUUGUUUCUAGAUCCAAGAUUCCAAAGCAUGUUCCGUCCUGGAGCUCAUCAUCCACACGCACAUGCACAUCCACUCUAUUCACCAAUGCCGUCACCUUACGCACCACAUUUAUAUGGAAUGUUACCGGCCGGUGCUGCAGCAUUAGGACUGGGUGUUCCGGGUAUUCACGAGCGAUUGAAAUUGGAGGAAGAACAUCGUGCUCGACUGGCAAGGGAAGAGGAACGUGAACGCGAAUUGCAGCGGGAAAAAGAACGUCAAUUGCGUGAACAACGUGAACGUGAACGAGAGCAAAGAGAAAAAGAACAACGAGAAAAAGAGCAGCGGGAGCGUGAACAACGUGAAAAAGAACAACGCGAAAAGGAGCAACGUGAACGUGAACUUGCUGAAAAGGAACGUGAGGCUCGUGAGCGAGAUCGCUUGCAUCACUAUUCGUCGCAAAUGUAUAAUCCGAUGCAAAGGAGUUUAGGACUAUUAGGACCAUUAAUGCCACUGUCAUCUCCAAUGGGAUUGGGUCGUUUGCCACAUGGGAUUUCAUCGCUGUCACCAUAUCAUCCUUCGAAUCAACGACAAAGUCCACAUGCUGCCAUGGGAAUGAAUCUCGGUUUAAGUGGCUUGAACCUUCCGCCUCCAAGUGUUCAUUCAUCUCCAACUUUAAACUUAUCCCAUCAUCUUAGCCAUCCAUCGGUUCCAACGAGCUUAUCGAUGGGACAUCCUGGACAUCCUCCAGUCAGCAUGAGCCAUCCGUCUGUCAGCAUGUCCAUGGCACAUUCAUCGGUUCAUUCAUCGGGCGGAAUGAACUUAGGUCAUUUAUCAGUUCCCACCACAUUAGGAUUGCCACAUCCUGGCAUUCCUAGUGCCGGUCUCAAUUUAUCACACCAUUCGAGUGGCUUGAACUUAACGCAUCCCGUGUCGACAUCGGCUAGUCUGAACUUAUCACAUCAUGCUUCAGCAGUUGGUUCUCUGAAUCUGUCGCACAACAGCAGCAAUCAUCAGCAAAAUUCUGGUCCACCAUUGCAAAGCUUGAACUUAUCGCAAUCGAAUUGUAAAGAACCACCAACGACCGCUCAUACCACAAACAUUCCUCAUUCACACUACUAUCCGCUAACCACACCGUCGUCCCCCAACAAUCCAUCGAAGAAUAAUUUGGUGACCACAUCCGUACCACCGAGCUCAAAUCAUCCCAUCAACCAUGCCAGCAAGAAUUCGACUAGCAGCAGUGUUAUCAGCUCAAGUGUGUCAAAAAGUCCACCAGCUACUGUUCAAAGCACGAAUCAAACGAGCACCAAAUCAAACGAGAUCGCCAACAAUGAAGUUGGCAAUUCGAAUACAGUCGUUCAGGCAUCUGCAACCACUACAACCUCUUCGCAAUCGUUUGAUGUCAAUGGCGGCGCUAAUUCAUCGUCCGAUGAAUCGAAAGAGACAAACAAUGCCGAGCCCGUUACGGCCAAUGCGACUGACGAACCCAAGCGUGUAACGACACCACAACAGCAACAACAGCCGCAAUCAAAUGCCGUCAAGGCUGAUGACGGUGAUGGUAAAAGUAGUGCAUCGUCGACCACGAUGGCUGUUGUGACGACAGCAACCACUACUAGCUCACCAACGAAUGAACAACAGGUAUCGGAUUCUACAACGAAAUUGGAGGAGCUGACUAAGCCUGGAGACGACCAAACCCGACCAUUUCGAAGCGGUGAAGAGUCUUCAUUAUGACAGCAACAAUGUAAAUAACCAACCUGUUUAAGGCUAAUUAUUGUGUAUCUAUUUAUUGCAUGUAAAAUAUAAAAUGAAAAAUUAUAAAUAAAAAUGCAAUGGGAAACCCAGACAAAAUUAUCCAAAAAAGAAAGAAAUUUAAACGGAUUUACUAUCUAAGACAUAAAAAAGAAAAGAGAAAAAUUCUAACAAUAAACUGAGCAAGGGAGAGAGAGUGAGAAGAGACAGUGGAGAGAGAGAGAGAGAGGAAAGUAUCAAAACAAUUCAUUGUUCCUAAAAGACGAAGAAGAAGAAGAAGACGAAAACAGAAAAUAUUUUAAUUUGUUUGUAGAAACAAUUUGGUUUUCUGAAAUGUAUCCGAGUAUGUUAAGCGGCUGCAAUAGAAUUUAAUUUUCGAAAAUCGAGAAUAGGGCAAUUGACGAUGAACAAUGAAUGGAAUCAAUAGUAAAUCGUUUUACAUGAAAAAGAUGAUUUUAUUUUGUGUAUUUUGCUGAUGGCUUAAAAUGGAGCGAUCAAUGAACGAGUGAACGAACAUAUAGGAUAGACGGCACGAAUAGCGAAUAAAUAAAUCGAAGGGAAAGUGUUGCAAUUCAGAUUGCUAUUCCGAUUUUAUUGGACACAACUAAUUUGGGUUAUAAAAAUAAUUGACAAGACGAACGCAAUGUCAUUAGGAAAGAGAUGUCGAAGAGGUAUUUUUUUUGCAAUUUAUAGUUAUUCGUUUACCAGAGGUGAACACAACGUUUUUCAUACGUACGAAGUGCGAUUUACCGUUUCGCUUCACGAAACCAAAGGAACAUCAAUUCACCCAACAUAAACACAGUGACAGUCCGAGUGAUAAAAGUUCUAUUUUCUCUACACGGGAGAAAAAAUGCUGCACUUUUCUCACUAGAAAUGUCAAUUCAACGUCAACAAAACGCAUCUUUCUCAUUGCGGGGAGAAAAGAAGGUAAAUCACAACGCACGCAUGAAAUAGUUAUUUGUUCAACGAGGGAAGAAAAGUGGGAAAUUACAUUUCUAGUGUGUUGUUUACAAUUCAACCGAGAAAAUGCAAUUUUCAACUUUUUUCCAGAGUUAAA